UUCCCCGCACACGCUGUCCCCGCAGGACCCAAGGCGGGGGAGGGAGCUGGGCUCCCGCGGUGCGGAGGUGGCUACAUCCCGGUCCUAGCGGGCCACAAGCGGGCGAUGGAGCGCUCGGGCGUCCCGGGGCGCUGUCCUCAAGUGGCUGGAGGCUGGGCGCCCACUCUGGCACUCACUCCUCGGGGUGGCUUUGCUCUAACGGUGGGCUCCCGGGCCUUGGGCGUCUCUGGUGAACGGAAAGGAGCUCUCCAAGCUGUCUCAGGAGCAAACUCUGGAGGCCCUGCGUUCCUCCAAGGAGCCCCUGGUGAUCCAGGUGCUGAGACGCAGCCCCCGCCUUCGGGGGGACAGCUCCUGCCCUGACCUGCAACUGGUGGACAGUGGCACUCAGACCGACAUCACCUUCGAGCAUAUCAUGGCACUGGGCAAGCUGUGCCCGCCCACCCCACCAAUGGCUAUUCUGGAGCCGUACGUCCUCUCUGAGCUCCCCCCCAUCAGCCAUGAGUAUUAUGACCCGGCGGAGUUCAUGGAGGGCGGCCCACAGGAGGCAGAUCGUAUGGACGAACUGGAGUAUGAGGAGGUGGAGCUGUACAAAAGCAGCCACCGAGACAAGCUUGGCCUGACGGUGUGCUACCGCACGGACGAUGAGGAGGACUUGGGCAUCUACAUUGGAGAGGUAAAUCCCAACAGCAUUGCAGCCAAAGACGGCCGGAUCCGCGAAGGAGACCGCAUCAUCCAGAUUAAUGGUGUGGACGUCCAGAACAGGGAAGAGGCGGUGGCCAUCCUGAGCCAGGAAGAGAACACCAACAUUUCUCUGCUGGUGGCCCGGCCUGAGAGCCAGCUUGCAAGGCGGUGGAAGGACAGUGACCGGGAUGACUUCCUGGAUGAUUUUGGCUCUGAGCAUGAGGGGGACCUGCGGGCCCGGAAGCUGAACCCACCCCCUGCCCACCAGCUUGGACAGGAAGAAGAGAAGGCAGCUCCUGAUGCGGGCCCAGGCCUGAGCAACAGCCAGGAGCUGGACAGUGGGGUAGGCCGCACAGAUGAGAGUACCCGAAACGAGGAGAGCUCUGAGCAUGACCUGCUGGGGGAUGAGCCCCCAAGCAAUACCAACACCCCUGGGAGCCUGCGCAAGUUUGGCCUGCAAGGGGACGUGCUGCAGACCCGCGAUUUCCAUUUCAGCAUGGACUCGCUGCUGGCUGAGGGGGCAGGGCUGGGAGGGGGUGAUGUCCCUGGCCUCACAGAUGAGGAGUACGAGCGCUACCGGGAGCUUCUAGAGAUCAAGUGCCACCUGGAGAAUGGCAACCAGCUGGGCCUCAUCUUCCCUCGGGCCUCAGGUGGCAACAAUGCCCUGGAUGUCAACCGCAAUGAGAGCCUGAGCCAUGAGAUGGCUAUGCUGGAGGAGGAGCUUCGUCACCUGGAAUUCAAGUGCCGCAAUAUUUUGCGUGCACAGAAGAUGCAGCAGCUGCGGGAACGCUGCAUGAAGGCCUGGCUGCUGGAGGAGGAGAGCCUCUACGACCUAGCAGCCAGCGAGCCCAAGAAGCAUGAGCUGUCCGACAUCUCCGAGCUGCCUGAGAAGUCAGACAAAGACAGCACCAGCGCCUACAACACGGGAGAGAGUUGCCGCAGCACCCCUUUGCUUGUGGAGCUCUUGCCAGAGAGUCCCCUGCGGCGGGCGGCUGCUGGCAACUCCAACUUGAACCAGACUCCUCCUGGCCCUGCUGCUGCAGCGCCACCCAGGGCAGGUCCUCCACAGGGCAGCCCCGCUAAGUUCCGAUCCCUGUCCCGGGAAUCUGAAGCCUCACCCCGGAGACAGCAUGCAGAGGAGCGUGUCCGCCGCAACCCCAAGGCUGCGGUGGCUCUGGAGCACAUGGGCCCUGAAGGCAGCCCUUACCUCUCACGGCGCCACCGUGGCCAGGGCCAGGAGAGCCAGCACUACCAUAGCUGCAUUCAGCUAGCCCCCCCACGAGGCCUGGAGGAGCUAGGCCAUGGCCCCCUGAGUUUGGCUGGUGGCCCUCAGGUGAGUGGGGUGGCGGCCACCGAGGCACCCCGCAUGGAGUGGAAGGUGAAGGUGCGCAGCGACGGGACCCGCUAUGUAGCCAAGCGGCCCGUGCGGGAUCGGCUUUUAAAAGCUCGUGCUCUGAAGAUCCGGGAGGAGCGCAGUGGCAUGACCACAGAUGACGAUGCAGUGAGUGAGAUGAAGAUGGGCCGCUACUGGAGCAAGGAGGAGCGCAAGCAGCACCUGAUCCGGGCCCGGGAGCAGCGGAAACGGCGUGAGUUCAUGAUGCAGAGCCGGCUGGAGUGUCUGCGGGAGCAGCAAAACAGUGACAGCAAGCCUGAGCUCAACAUCAUUGCUCUGAGCCACCGCAAAACCAUGAAGAAGCGGAACAAGAAGAUCCUGGACAACUGGAUCACCAUCCAGGAGAUGCUGGCCCAUGGUGCGCGCUCGGCCGAUGGCAAGCGGGUCUACAACCCCCUGCUCUCUGUCACCACCGUGUGAGCCACCCUGGCAGAGCCUGGCCCAGGUCCUCCUGGGCUCAGGCCCUCAUUCUCCUUAAAAUCGAGUGUGUUUCUGUGUGUAUGUGUGUGCGCACGUGGCUUUGUUAGCAAAGAGAAGCCUCUGAGCAGAAAGGACCCUUUUCUUGCAUCACCUGCUUCCAUCUCCCCAAAGUGACUGUGUUGGUGGGCAUCAUUGGGGGCACAUCUGUAACAGGCACCCCUUCGGCUGUGUAUGUGUGUGUGUGUGUGGCCAUGCGCAUACAUCUCACACACAGCUCUCUUGACCCAUGUACUUGGAGACAGGGAGGUCGAGCUGCAGUGGGGAGGUGAGGAAGACUGGCUAUCCUGAGCACAAGAGACCGUCUGGCUUAGCUGCUAAGCAUGGCUUCUCCCUGCUGCUGUGAGCCGCAGUUUACUUCUAGACAAAGGCAACCCUGAUUUUUGUGUUUUUUUUCCCCCCUUCUGUGCUUGCCAAUAGUUGUUUUUCUGUUUUGUGGACCUGCUCUGGGGGCUGGCAGCUCCUUCAAGCAGCCUGACAAAGGUGGAACCUCCCUCCAGUGAUGGCUGGGAAGGAGGUGGGGGGAGGAGGAGAGGGAGGGGUGGGGGUGGGAGGGAAGCAGGGGGAAGGUGGAGGAAUGGGAAGCAGCUGUCCUAGUGGCCUCUACUCUGAGGUCCAUCCCCAGUGACUGAGGGAGAGCACAACUGCAGGGGUUGAGGGGGCAGUGUCCAUCCAAGAAGAAAUCACAGCCUGGGUCUGUGCGUGAUGCCCUCUGGAGUGGGGGCUUCAGCAGCAAGGGUCUAGAAGCCAAGCCCCAUGAAUAUCAGCGGAAGAGCUCAGGUCUGGCCCUGGAAGACUUGCUGGUGACCUGCGGCCUGGGCCCCAGGGAGAGGCAGUGGGCUGACCCAGGGAUAUUGCCCCAACCCACUCAAGUUCCGCAUGGGUGAACCAGGCUGCCCUUGGCUGCCUCUCAGGCUUGGAGAGCCCCUUCCCCUGCCCUCAUCUUGAAUAAAGCAAGCUGCCUUUUUACUUGGUUGAA